UUGCGCAAGCGUCCGAUUAGUUUCAAAUAAAGUUUAAAGCGUUUGAAGAGAAGCGCGCGCAGGAAGCCGCUCAGCUGUAUUUCUGUUGGCUGAGUGCAGACCCUGCCCUGAUUGCCUUAUAUCCAUGUGUAUUGACGUGUAGAGAGCAGAUGGAGGCAGAGGGACUGAUCUGAUCUCUAGUCCUCAGAGGUCAUUCUCGCUACAGUUACAGCCACUUGUUGCCAAAUCGCCGAGAGACCGCGAGCGCUUCGCGAAGCCGUUUUCAUAAAGAGCUAUUUCUUUGCUUUCGCGGCGCGCAUCUAGAUGUUAAUACGGGAAUACAACGACUUCUGACAUUGUUUGGGGGAAAAAAGGUCACUUUUGAGCAAAUUCUUCGCAUUUGACGGGAGAAGCAUGGUUGACAACACAAGCAUAGCAACUAAAUCUGCACUGCAAGCCGCUUUCUCGUCGGCGAGCACUCUUCCUCUGCUGGUCAGCUCCUCCGGCGCUCACAGUCACUCGAGCGGCGGCAGCGGGAUGAAGCUGGAGGCGGUCAUGGAGAACUUACAGCGACAGCAGGCGGCUCGACUCGCCCUGGAGGAGAAACUCCGCCAAGCCGAGAAGGAAAAAGACAUCAGGUCUAUGGUGGAGUCGCAAAUUCAUCAGCAAGCUAUCGCUUUCCACCACUAUCAAGCAGCGGUGAGGGGAGCGUUCGCCUCGGGAGCCCCGAACUCGAGCUCCGGCCACCCGCGCGAGCGCACGGCCGAGUCCGACAUCGACGACGAGGACGACGACCCAGACCUGGACCGCGGCAUGGACGAUGAAGACCGCGACUUGGAGGAAGACGACAGCAUGAACGAGGCCGGAGGGGAUGAAGAUUUGGAAGGACCCCUAGCUCAUUACCCGCCGCGCCUUGCUGUUUAUCCCGGUGCCGGGCAGUCUCCAAAAAGUACCCCGAUACAUCUAUCCAGAGUCCAGCCAACCUAUCCGGCUCCAAGGCAGGCUGAAUCACCGAGUGCUUUGGCACCACAAGCACAAUCGCAGCACCACGAAUGGACUUAUGAGGAGCAGUUCAAACAGUCAGGCCAAGGCAGCGGGCCAGGGAGGAAGCUGAAAGAUUCGAGUGUUGCUUUCGGUGGCGGUGGCUCUUCGUCUCUGAUUCAGGAGCUGUACGAACUGGACGAUGAUGAGAAAAGGAAGGAGUUUCUCGAUGAUCUCUUCAGUUUCAUGCAAAAAAGAGGAACGAUGACAAUAAGGACUCCAGUGAAUCGGAUUCCUAUCAUGGCCAAGCAGGUGUUGGAUCUCUACACUCUCUACAAGCUUGUCACCGAAAAAGGCGGCUUAGUGGAAGUCAUCAAUAAGAAAAUAUGGCGCGAGAUUACCAAAGGCCUGAACCUCCCUACCUCCAUCACCAGUGCGGCUUUCACCCUCCGAACACAGUAUAUGAAGUACCUCUAUCCUUAUGAAUGUGAAAAGCGGGGACUGAGCUCUCCCGGGGAGCUUCAGGCAGCUAUUGACAGCAACCGUCGUGAAGGCCGGAGACAGAGUUAUGGCUCCACCCUCUUUAACUACUCUCCCGUGGGCACCCCCACCCUGCUGGCUUCCCCAAAACUCCAGAUGCCCCACAUCAGCAUGCCCACUCCCAACGGUGGGCACAUGACUCAGACCCCUGUCAUCAAGAAAGAGGACUCCAUGCUGUCCAGCUGCCUGACCAACAGGGUGGGCAUCCCUGUGUCUUUGGCGGGCCACCACAGUGCAGCGCAGGCGGCCGCCGCUCAGGCUGCAGCUGCAGCAGCUGUGCAGGCGGCCGCAUUGGAGCAGCUGCGGGAGAAGCUGGAGUCUGGAGAACCACCAGAGAAGAAGGUGAUGCUCAUGGCAGAGGAGCAGCAGAGGAUAAUGCAACAUGCAUUACAGCAGAAUCUCUUCGCCAUGGCAACCCAGCUACCCAUGAACAUCAAACUGAACAAUAGAGAUGAUAGACAAGAGACUGCAUUGAACCUGUCUACCAACGGCAUUAGCAGCAUCAACAUGUCAAUAGAAAUAAAUGGGGUUGUCUACACAGGGGUCCUGUUUGCCCGUAAGCCAGCCAUAGGUUUCAUACCAGGCAGCCAGCGAGUCCAUCACCAACACAGCUCUCAGGGAAAGAGCAGCAGCCCAGGGCUCAGCACUCAGAUGCAGCCGUCCUCCUCUUCCUCCUCCACCGCCUCUUCACACGGACCAGCCACCUCCCCUUGAGCCCACAACACCUCACUCAACUCUCCCCCGACGUCAGACAAGGCAGGGUCUUUAGGUCAUUCUGCUGGACCAGUUUUUUUUCUGUCUCCUUCGAUGUACAAUGUACACUUUUUACUGUUUUUCUAACCCUUCCCCUGCAAUCAGGACAGGAGCGUACAUCACCGAAAAAAACUUUCAUUAAAGGGCCGAGCGCCGACAGCUGUUAGCCGCACAUUUGAGGUGUGGUACAUUUACAUAUGCAGCAAGUUGCAGCUUGUAAUUUUGUUCUUCUGAGGAUGCGUUAUUCAGCGUGGAGCAACUAAAACAGACUGAGUGACAACGCCAUGAACACAAGGAGCGAUGUGACGCUCGAGCGAACGGGAUGUUCCUCAGACAGAGUGAAUGUUGCCUCAGAGCAAGAUUCUUCACUUUCCUACACCGAUCCUGAAAUUUGGGCAUCCUCAUCUUUAACUGUCGCAUUCUUGAAUCAAACAGCAAGAGCUACUAUCAGCUAUUACCAAAGAGGAAAAAGUGCAGCAUAUUAGCGUUUUAUUUGAACAGUACGACAAUUCAUGCAGAGUCUUAUCACCACCAUCACACAUAUCCGACGCCAUUGCAAAGUUACCAAAAAUCUAUUAUCGAGCUGAUAUUUGAAUAUGUUGAUUUUAAGCAAAGCACAUCCCAUUUAACUUGGGCAUCAAAUAGUCAGGGAGAAAAAGUUAUUUACUGUAUUACUGCUUAAAUGUAUGUUUGUAAAGAUAUCGUUUUAUCCAUCAGAGCAGUCAUCUACACAAUAUUUAAAAUCACAAAUGCAAGAUCGGUCAUGUAUAACUUGAUAUGGAGGAAAGCAGACAGGAUUAUGUCUGCUAUAUUCUCUCAUGACUGGUUUUGGCCCGCGGCCGUCGCGAAAUAUAUUCCAUUGAUUGGUGAGUUAUUUGGGGAACACUUGUCGACAGUGUUUAAUGAUUUUCCACCACCUCAACUCAGCCCAUGUUUUAUAGCAAAGUGUUCAUUAAAUGGUUUAGUAGACGGAAAACAGGUCAAACUGGUUAAUGCAGGUUUCAGAAGCGGAGGGUCAAAUAAUAUUGCGACGUGUGACUGUGAGCUGGAUGUUAACCAUAAAAAAACCAAACCAAAAAAGAGAGGCUCUGUAGAAGAUUAUGUGCUGUGUGUGAUCACGCUGAAUGUGGCUCAUCUUAGGCAUCCGCUCGUGUUGUGAAUAGAAUCCAGCUUUCAUUACGUUUUCAACAAUGCACUUGCAUUUGAGAGUUCACCUCUCGUCCUUUAUUCCAUUCUCCAUAUUAUUUUAUUUUUUUUUGCUCGAACUCGUGUUUAUUUCUUUUGCUUCUCUUUUCUGUUGGUAAGGAAAAGAGAGGAUAUUAUUGUGUCAUUUUUUUUUUUAGAAUUCAGUAGACGAUUUCAAGUUGUAUUUAUUAUUACUUCUAUUCUCUUCCUUUCGUGUUGAAACUUGGGCUGUUCGAGAAACAUCGCUUUUAUUUAAAGAAAGAAAGAGUCGUACUACAGCCCAAUACCUCACAAAUCCUGCAAACCUGUACACAGAUAAUAGAUUAUGAAAACAAGAUAUACCUCAUUUAUUUCAUUUCUAUUAUUUUUAUUGUGAAGCCACUUGAAAAUGUUUUUUCAACAAAUCACUGGAUUUUUUUUUUUUUCUAUUUUGUAUUGUUUUACCAAAGAAGGGAAUAUAUGAUGAACACACAUCUACCUCAUUUGUUAUAGACUGUGCCAACAACAUAAUCACAGCAGCCAGUUUUUAAUCAUAGCCUUUCUGGUCCGAAUUCACUUUUGCCUGCGUGAUUUGUGCUGCAGAACCAGAGGCCGGACCACACGGGGCUCGACAUGCCAUCAGUUGCUUUGCUUGUCCGUUUUUGUCAGCGUUUUUUUCUUUACGCACCGGGGGGAAAAUGAGAUACCAGAAGGGUUCCCAUCGAGCUUAUUCAUUACAGUAUCAGUAGAUCUAAAACACAUCUUAUGAAACAUAUCUCAAGUUAAGCUGCGACCUUGGGCGUUUUCGUUAAUUAAAGUGUUUUAGCUUUACGGUUCGCAGCAGUUCCAUUGAUGCCAGUGUUUGAGUCGUCAUUUCUGUUCGCAACAUAACGUGACUUUCAGAAAAUAUGUAACCUAGUCUAAGUUAAAAGUAACUAAAAGAAAUCGGUUUUCUUUUUUUUUUAUAAUGUCUUUAGUGGGAUUUGAAUGUGGAGACGUGCUCAGAACUUCUUUUUUACGAAUACCAAAGAUCUGACGAUAUUCUUGGGUUGACGGUUUCUGACCCAAUGCUGUCGUUCGUAACUUUGAAUCUCAAGCAGCAGUAAAAUGUUUUUAUUUGAUCCUGCUGCGGCAAAACUUGAUUUUAAGCACUUGGAUCAAAAUGUUUUCAAAAAAAAAAAAAAAAAAAAAAAAAAAAAGCCAAGCUGUAUAUUCAGUUAGUCUCAGUGCACGGAUGGCAAUCUAAGAAUGUAAUAACAGUUUCCAGAGUUUUAGCACAAUUAGCGAUUAAUGAAACGAGUAAACCUGACCAUCAUUUUGUUGUUGUAUAGGUGCAAGGAUUAAUGGAUAUAUAGUCUAUAUUUAUGUGGAAUUACAGAGGGCACAAUCAAUGCACAAUUGUCUGAUUCCUGUUGUUCGAUGUAAUUUACCUCUUGAUCAGCGUAUGAAGAGACCUUGCUUAUAUUUUUUCACAGCAGUGGCACAGUCUAUUCCUUCACAUGACUGUCUGUUCUCUCUUCAGCUCAUGUCACUAGACUGCAGAGAUUUUUAGAGCAAAUCCUGGACGAACUCUGGAGAAGCAAAAAAAAGAAAAAAAAAGAAAAACACGAAUCAGAGUGAAUCCGUAACCAAAGCUUUUACGAAACCACGUUCACAGGCUUACUGAUGACAAUGUUGGAACAUUUGUUCAUAAAAAAAGACUAUCAAUUUAGAUAACAAUUAAGAAAAAAAAAAGAUUCACUCAUGUGCUUAAAAAUAACAUGUUGUUUACCUUGUUUAGCUAUGUCAACGAUGCUAUGCUGGUAGAUUUUAGAUCCUAUUAUACGCUGUGUAUGAAGCUUAUUUUUCUUUUAUUCACUUUGGAUAAAUCCAGUGCAUUAUGGGAAAGCUGGAUUGUGGUGCUCAGGGGUUAAAAAAAAGAAGAAAAAAACUGGUGAAAGAUUUUUUUUUUUUGUUUUGUUUGUUUGUUUUGCCAUUGACUUGUAGCAUAAUUAGAAAUAAAGUACUGCUUUCCACUUUAA